AUGGGUGCGCAAAGCAAGGCUGGCAUUGCGCAGCCUGAGCGAGCAAGACGGGCGCUGCAGCCUCAGAGUGCCGUUGCGAAGCGUGCAAGGUCAGGCUGGCGUAGACCCGACUCUGUCUUUGCUGGAUCGUCGUCAAGAACCUCCAUCAACCACCAUCCCCCUUUCAUCAACCUUUACAACUCAAGUCUAGCAGCAACAGCAGGAUCAGCAUGGUCACAGCAUUCGGAGGCCAAGUGGCAUCCGACAUGGCACAUCACAAACGACCAGGUCUCGCAGCGACCUCGACGUCCCCAGAUAGCAGCAGCGUCUCGACCAACGCCAAAGGCAGUUCGACACAGCUCCAUCAGUCGCAGUGUCACGGUUCGCCCGCCAGGCUUUACGAACCAAUCACGAGCAAUCGCAAAGCCAGCGAGCAUGACCCAACAACACGAGGAUGGCGACGAGCCCUAUACGCAACUUGCCCAGGCAUUUCAAUUCGCCCGUCUCGAUCAGAUCGACCAGCAUACCUUGGCACGCGAGCAGGCAUCGACGGCACCAUCUGCGUUUGCAGUGAUUCGGCUCUUCUCGACCACGAUCGCCCAUGCAGAGUCGAAACGAGGUUCUCAACAACACUGUCAUGUCACCGCCGUCCGCUUGUUGCUGCCAUUUCACUCGCCACUUGCCAGCCUCGCUCGACUCGUCUCUGCCGACGCACGACUUAACACAAUGGCUGACGCUGCUCCCCGUGGACGUGGCGGUUUCGGACGAGACCGCGGUGGACGAGGCCGCCGUGGCCCCCGUCGUGGCGGUCGCCGCGACGGCGAGAAGGAGGAGUGGGUCCCCGUCACCUCGGUGGGCCGACUCGUCAAGGACGGCAAGAUCAAGUCGAUCGAGGAGAUCUACCUGUUCUCGCUGCCCAUCAAGGAGUUCCAGAUCAUCGACCUGCUGCUGCCCAAGCUCAAGGACGAGGUGAUGAAGAUCAUGCCCGUCCAGAAGCAGACCCGCGCCGGUCAGCGCACCCGCUUCAAGGCCUUCGUUGCCGUCGGUGACUCGGACGGCCACCUUGGUCUUGGUGUCAAGUGCGCCAAGGAGGUCGCCACCGCCAUCCGCGGCGCCAUCGUUGUUGCCAAGCUCUCCACCAUCCCCGUUCGCCGUGGCUACUGGGGUAACGCUCUUGGUGAGCCCCACACUGUGCCCAUGAAGGUUUCGGGCAAGACCGCCUCGGUCAUGUGCCGUCUCGUGCCCGCUCCCCGCGGUACCGGUAUCGUUGCCGCCCCCGCUUCCAAGCGCAUGCUCGAGCUCGCCGGUAUCGAGGACUGCUACACCCAGUCGGCCGGUCAGACCGCCACCAUGGGCAACUUCCUCAAGGCUACCUUCGAGGCCGUCUCCAAGACCUACGCUUUCCUCACCCCCAACCUGUGGCGCGACAUUGCUCCCCCCGCCACCCCCUACGUCGAGUUCGCCUCGCACCUCGCCCGCACCCAGAAGAAGUCGCUCUACUAA